UCAAAAAGUAGUAAAAUGGUGUCAAAUCAAAAUCAAAACUCAAAAGUGGAAUUCUGAAAUCUGAUACUUUUCUUGUAUUCAUUGUUUAUUUAUUAUUUUAGAUUUUUCUACAAUAAUUAAAAUGGAAUCAAACCUCACAAGUUUGUGGGUAAACUUUUUCACAGCUGCGGGAAUUCCGUCCGAUGUAGGCGCAACCUACGCUCUGACUUUCACAGAAAAUCGCAUACAAAAUGACAUGUUGCUCGAUUUGAACAAGGAAUAUCUCCGAGAUAUGGGCAUCACGCGAAUGGGAGAUGUUAUUGCAAUUCUGCGGCAUGCUAAGCAAGUGCAUGAAAGUACCGCUCGAGACAGAGUGCUCAGCACCACCGCUGUAUCGGUGAAGGUUCCUGUUGCUGCUGUCACUGGACGUGCAACUGUUACACAACCAUCAUCACCUGCCAGCCGUAUACUAGAACAUUACACACGGAACCCGCAAGUGCAAGAGACCUCUCCUGUAAAUUCUUCAUUACCAAAAAGGAAAUCUAAUGAAAUUAGUGAUGAUGAUGUGGAGAUGAAGAGAGCGCGCCUCAUUCGCUUUGCCCCGCUGGCACCAAAAACAACUCCUGUCAAAGAUACUGGUGCAUCUAGCAAACAGACUGUAUUCGCUCGUUUGGGUAAUUCUGAAGCUGUCAAAACUGUCGCAUUAAAACCGGUUUCUAAACAGAUAUAUUCCAGAUUGGGUUCAAAGUCUGAACAGAAGGAUGAUGAACAAGUUAUCCCAAUUCCAAAGGAUGCUCUUAAGUAUGAAGGUAUAUUGAAAGGAAAUCCGUUAGUGAAAAAAGUUUUUACUGUUACUGCAACGAAGAAUAAUGUGAGGAAAAUUGCAGUCGGGACAAUGCGCGCCGACGAAACACCAGUCAGUGUUAAAGAAAAAUUAGCUUUACCUAAACCUAAAUCGGUUAAAUUCUCCAGUCAUGUAGAAUAUAAAGAAAUUGAAGCAACUAAAAAGGCUAAUUUGAAUAAUCAAGUUUUGGCGCCAAAGAAUCCACCUGUCAAUGUCACUAAGAAAGUUUUCGCGCCAAAACACACUCAAGUUUUCAACAAACCAGAAAGACGAUUGUCUAUGCCGGAGGGUGUUGGAGUUAAGUCUAGGUUAGGUAAUAAGGAUCCUAAAGAUCUGACUAUCACAAGAAAUGUUUUUAAUCGACUAGGUGUUUGACUGGUUGUGACUUAUUUUUUGAUAAGUUCAGAGAAAGUGAUGGUGAACUAUUUGUUGUACCACAUGGUGCUUAUCUGUAAAAAAGCUUUGUUUUUGUGGGGUAUUUUUUUCUAAUAAAGUUCUAAUAAGUUUACUGGUGAUACCCACUAUUAUACUAAGGAUACAAAUAAAUUCGUAUUCCUGAUAUUUGUAUUGAAUUUGCAACAUAUAUAGUGCUACAAAGUUAUGUGGUCCGGUAGAAAUGGGCCAAAUAAGUUGAUAGGACUAUAUGGAUAAUUUUUGUAUACAAUCAUGAUAUUUCUACGUAAAUGACUAAAAAUACAUUUAGGUGUCUAUUUUUUUUAGACAUUUUGUUAUUUGCAGACAUAUUCUUAA